AUGGGGAACGAAAACUCCAAGAACACGGAGCUGACCGAGAAUGGGAAUAUUCCUGGGAAGCAUGGUAAUGGAUCAGUGAACGGCCUGUCUGCAAACAUCACAUCUAAUGGAUUGGAGAUUGCUGUUAACACUGAGACCAUAGUCCAGCAAAAUGGCGAGCCUCUCUCUUUAGAACUUGCCACAGAAUCAACUCAGCUUGAAAUCCUUGAAACCAUCAUUCAUAAGAACGAGGUCAAGAAAGGUAAUGAAGAUCAAACAGAUCUAAGUCUUCCUGCCACAAAUCCACAGCAGGAGGCAGCUAACCUAAAGCGAGCGUCAGAAUCGUUAACGGUGCCAGAGAGUGUGACUCUAGACUCGGGUCCCGAGAAAGAAAAAGCUCCUGAAAGUGACAACGGAGAGGACAGUAAGCCAGAAGAGAAUCCAGUUAUGAACUUCUUCAAAACACUAGUGACUCCCAAAAUAACCAAAAAGGAAACAGCUACUCCUGGUGCCACAAAAGACCAGUCCCAGAUGGAGAACCAACCAGCAGUAACCACUACUGUUGCACAAGUAUCUGAGCCACCCGCAGCACCCAAAGGAAUGUCUUACCCACCACCACCUCCUCCAGAGCCACCGAGAAUGGAAAUCAAGGGAGAACCAGUUGCCAAACCUGUCAAACCCACACCCAAAGAAGAACCCAAAGCUGCUGCAAAGGAAGCCGAGUCCCCAAAAGGAAAAUCAGCCAGAGUUGCUCUGAGCAAAUUCUUCCGUCCAAAGAAGGUGGAUCCCUCAAAAGCCAGCACCCUGGAGGCUGCGGCAAAGCCAGAACCGCCACCGCCUGUCCAGGAAGCAAAGAAAACCGCCUCAAAAUCAUCCUUCUUUUCUCUCUUCAAGCCUAAAGCUGCUGAUCCCCAGAAGGCGAGCCCUGCCCCAGCUGCUGCUGCAGCAGCAGCAGAGACAGUAAAAGCCAAAGAGGAACCCAAAGCAGCCGCCAAGUCAUCAGAGGCGGUCGGAGACAACAAACCAGCUUCGGUGGCCUCCCAAGCCGGAGAUGAUGGAGCCAAUGUGCCCAGGAAACUGGAGAAGAGGAACUCAAUCCAUCUGUUCUUUAAACAUCUGGGUCAGAAACGUAACUCGACAGAUGCCGGGGUCCAGACAGAGCCGGUCCCUGUUGCUCCAGCAGCUGAGAAGGCCAAAUGAAACCAAAGCCAACAAUACAGUUUCCCUGUACAAACUCCCCCUCUCUCUUUCUUGCUCUUACUCAAUCUGUAUCUCUCACUCUGUCUCAUCUCCCUUUCAACUCUUAUUGAAUUACUUUAACUCCUUUUUUUUUUUUUUUUUGUUACUGUUCAGAAGUUACAAUAUGGAAGGAAAAGUGACACCUAGGGUAAGAGCAUGUUGUUGAAAGACAAAGAGUGGGCAGGUAGUUGAACAUGUGGCAAUUUGAAAUGGUCCAAGGCGAGGUUAUUGAGAUAUAUAUAUAUAUAUUUAUAUAUUUUUUGGACAUUUAAAUGUCUUGACACGUAUAGCAAUGUGAGUGUGAAACCUUUUCUACAGACAUUCAAUGUGACUUCUCUCUGUUCUUGCGACCUAACACACUGGGCUUAUGCAACAGAUGGUACCAUGCUUUGCUUUUAGCAAUUACUUUGUCAAAAGGGUUCUAUUUUUACAGUUCACACCAGAAAAAUAUCACGCAGUUGUGGCUAUGCAGAGGUUAAUAUGAAAUGAGAUUGAAAUAAGUACUUAAAUCUAUAUGACAUUAAAAUGAAAAGCUCCUAACAGAGCUGAUGAGAGGAGCAUUUUCGUAUAACAAAUUGCACUUACAGAUUUUGUAACUCCAUGAAAGCUAUAUGUAGACUAAAGCGCACACGUAUCCUAACAGUCAUGCAUUGGGCCAUAUGGGAAAAUCACAAUCUUUACUGUUCUGUGGGGAACUGAUUGUUAAGUGUAACAAAUUCAUCUGAGGUGGCAAAAUGGUGUUGCUGUGCCACUGUGUCCUUGUGGUAUGUUUUUGCAGUCGUCAUAAAUCCCAGUUGAUUAGCUUUUCAUUUAACUGUAGCACUUUGUAUCAUGGAAUUUAAUGGAAGUCUUAUGGUGUUUGUCAUUCGUGUUUGGCAUGUGUGCAAUUAAUAUCAUGCUUAUGUUUGCCUAAAUGUAUGUACGCGUGCAUGUGUAAUUUCAGCUAUCUCAAAGACAAUAAAUAUGUUCACAGUU